AUGUCACCAAACAAUUUGACAAAUAGUGAAUCAAAACAACAGAAACAUUCACUACCUAGAAGUUUUUUAGACUUGUUAGUUGUAGAAAAGCCUCUAACAUAUAAAUUUAAGAAAUAUAAAUUUUGUAAAGUAAGAAGUGAAAAUAUGGGAUAUGAGAUUGAUGACCAAACAAAAUUUAGGAAUACUACUGCAUAUGCACGGCCUCACAAUACAGUAAUCAAAAGUAUUUCUGGGUCUACAAAAAAUGCAGGACUUAAAAAUUAUCUUAAAAAAAAGCAGUUAGAAAAAGAUAUAAAAAAGCAAUAUAUUAAUUUACAAGAAAACUCUAAUCUUGUAGACAUUGGUGAUAAUGUUAAUCAUCCUUUUGAUUUGAUUGAUUGGGAAAAAGAUAUUAUUUAUGAUACAGAUAAAGAUUUUAGUAAUCAUUAUAAAGAUUCAUUAGUACAUUCUCCUCUUGUUACAGAGUUUGUUGAGGCAAUUUUUGAUGACGAAUGGGAAAAUAACAUAAUUUUUGAUGAAGACGUUCAGCUGAAACAUAAAUACUAUCCUACCAUGUAUCUAGAAGAUCCUAAUCUUAUUUUUGAUAAAACUGAUUAUAAAAAAAGUUUAAAAUCUAAAAAGAGACAAAAAGAAUAUUUUUCGGGAGACAAGCCUAUUAAAAGUAAAUUUAAUAUUUCCAAUGAUAAAUAUUAUAGCCAAGAAACAAGGUCUAAAAGUAGUUUAGGUUCUUUUGGUGUACAACACAGUCUACCGGCUUUGAAAUUGGAUCCUAGAUUUUAUAAAACGAAUCAUUCUAGAGAAGAGUUAAGAAAUUUUCAUAGGCCUAAACUAGUGCUUCCUCAAGGGCUUAUUAAAUUCUUUGAUGUUGUAGAAUGUGAAACUCUUUCAUCAAAUAUUAUAAAAAAAAUAAGUGAACUUACACUAAAAGACAACUCUGAUUUUGUACUUUUUGAGUACUCGGAAGAAUUUCCUCCAUUUGUUGUAAAUUGUGGAAUGGUGAGUCUAAUUAAUACUUACUAUAGAAAAACGUCUUUAAGGGACGACUAUGAGACAGAUGCACCAAAUCUGGUUAUUUUGGAUCCCGAAGAUCCUUCGCCAUUUUUUAGCUUCGGAGAUGUAAAACAAGGCACAACGUUACAAUCUUUAACAAAUAAUCUCUUCACCGCUCCUAUUUUUAGUCAUCAAAAUGAUGAUUUUUUGUGUAUUUUAGAAACAGUAGACGGUAUUUCGAAAAUUUAUCCUAGGCCAAUUUCUAGUAUAUUUUGUGUUGGUCAAGAAUUUCCUGUUGACGAAAUUUACGCACCGCAUUCUAGAAAACUCAAUAUUUUUUGUAAAAAUCGUCUUAAAGUAGCUGCUUAUAGAUUAUUUACAUGUAAAGAUAAAGGAUUUAGAGAAUUUAAAAUGUCACAAUUAGAUCAACUAUUUCCAUAUUUUAGUGAAGGCAGUAAACGGAAAUGGCUUAAAGAGUACGCAGAUUGUGUUAAAAAAGGUAAAGAAAACAUAUGGAUAUUAAAACCUACAUCAUCUGUUCUAACAGAAGAAGAUUUACGAAAAUUAAUUACACCUGAAAACAUUUGUCAAUAUGAAAGUAUGCUUGCCUCUGAAAGAAGGCUUGAAGACUCUGGUUAUAAAUGUGUUGUAGAUAGUCAAGAUGAGGAAGAUGAUAGUCUUUUUAUUAUUCCUUGGCAAUUAACUAAAAAUUUUAUAAAUGCUGCGAACGGUAAGGGACUACUUGAACUGGUUGGUCCUGCUGAUCCUACGGGCAUUGGUGAAGGAUUUAGUUUUAGAAAAAUAAAAUUAAUUAAAGGUAAUGAAAAUGAAAAUAGGAAGAUUAUUAGCGAGCAUCAAGCAAAAUAUAAAUCUGAGAUAAAUAAAAUAUGGUCUAGUCAGUUAUCUUCAUUAAGUAGUUCAAAAGAAAUUCCUUGUGAGCCUUUUUAUCUUCAAGAAGACACACCUAAAUCAGAGCAAAAAAUAACAGAAAAAAAUGAAGAAGGUGGAUUGCUAGUAAUAAAACGAACUUUUGUAGAUGAAUUUGGAGAAAAAGUAGAAAUAGAGCGCAUUACAAAUCCUAAAGUUAUAAAAUUAUAUUUGAAAUCUAGAAAAACAAUACAAUAUGACGAGAAAAAAUCAUUCCUAAAAUGUGGAAAUUGUGGACAAACAGGUCAUAUGAAAACGAACAAAACAUGUCCUAAUUUUACACAAUCUAAAAAGCCGACAAAAAAGAAGAUUGAUUUUGAAAGAAGAAAGGCCAAGUCUAUAUUUCAUGACAUAAUGUUUAACAUUUUAAAUAAGUGUUUUAAUCUUCCAUAUUCUUUAGCAUUUCACAGACCAGUGUCAAUAAAAAGAUUUCCUAAUUAUCUUACUAUAGUAGAUAAUCCUAUUGACCUUACUACUAUUAAAACAAAAGUACGACAUAACAAAUAUACUCUUUUUAAAGAUUUUUUAGACGAUCUUGAACUUAUGAAAAAUAAUUGUGUAAAAUAUAACGGGUUAGAGCAUUCAUUAACAAAAGUCGCAGAAAAAAUGAUAGAAAUAGGAAACGAUGACUGGAAUGCAAAUAAAGAACGAAUUGAUGAAGCCGAAAAUAUUUUUAUAGAGUAUGAUUAUGAUGAAAAUGAACUUUAA